AUGGAGAAUAUGGCGGAGGAGGAGCUGCUGCCCCAGGAGAAGGUGGAGGUGGCCCAGGUCCCGGUCCCGACCCCGACCCCGGACUCGGCUCGGGUCCCAGCUCCGGCCCCGGAUUCGGCUCCGGUCUCGGCCUCGACCCCGGCCCCUGCCUCGGCUCCGACUCCGGCCUCGGCUCCAGUCCCAGCCCCUGCCCUGGCCCAGGCUCCGGCCCUGUCCCCGUCCCUAGCCUCUGCCCCUGAUGAGGCUGAAAGCAAGAGACACAUCUCAAUUCAAAGGCAGCUUGCUGAUUUAGAGAAGUUAGCUCUCGUAACUGAAGGGGAUUGUGACUCUGCCAAUUCACUGAACUCAGAUAAUCUCGAUGCAGGAAACAAACAGGCUUGUCCACUGUGCCCCAAGGAGAAAUUCAGAGCUUGUAAUAGUCAUAAGCUUCAUCGUCACCUUCAGAAUUUACACUGGAAAGUCUCCGUGGAAUUUGAAGGUUACCGGAUGUGCAUCUGUCACUUACCUUGUCGACCAGUGAAACCAAACAUUAUUGGAGAACAGAUAUCCAGUAAAAUGGGCGCCCAUUAUCAUUGUAUCAUUUGUUCAGCAACAAUCACCAGAAGGACAGAUAUGCUAGGACAUGUCAGGCGCCAUGUGAACAAAGGAGAGACUAAAUCCAGGUAUAUUGCUGCUUCUGCUGCUAAACCACCUAAAGAAAUUUUGAAAGAGGCAGACACAGAUGUACAAGUUUGUCCUAACUAUUCUGUACCUCAGAAAACAGAUUCUUAUUUUAAUCCCAAAAUGAAACUGAAUCGCCAGCUGAUAUUCUGUACACUGGCUGCUCUGGCUAAGGAGCGAAAACCUUUGGAAUGUCUAGAUGCCUUUGGAGCAACUGGGAUAAUGGGAUUACAAUGGGCAAAACAUCUCGGAAAUGCAGUCAAGGUUACAAUUAAUGAUUUGAAUGAAAACUCUGUGACGUUGAUUCAGGAGAACUGCCAUUUAAACAAAUUGAAAGUGGUUGUGGACAGUAAGGAAAAGGAAGAAAGGGACGAUAUUCUGGAAGAAGGAGAGGAAAACCUUGGUAAUAUUAAGGUGACCAAAAUGGAUGCCAAUGUACUAAUGCAUUUGAGAUCUUUUGAUUUCAUACACCUAGAUCCUUUUGGAACAUCUGUGAACUAUCUUGAUUCUGCAUUCAGAAAUAUAAGAAACCUUGGCAUAGUAUCAGUGACUUCUACAGAUAUCAGUUCUUUAUAUGCCAAGGCACAACACGUUGCCCGGCGUCACUACGGCUGUAAUAUUGUCCGAACUGAAUAUUACAAGGAGCUAGCUGCAAGGAUUGUUGUAGCUGCAGUGGCAAGAGCUGCAGCCCGAUGUAACAAAGGCAUAGAAGUACUGUUUGCAGUGGCUCUGGAACAUUUUGUGUUGGUUGUUGUGAGAGUUUUGAGGGGGCCAACUUCUGCAGAUGAAACAGCCAAGAAGAUUCAAUACCUAAUCCAUUGUCAGUGGUGUGAAGAGAGAAUUUUUCAGAAGGAUGGUAAUAUGGUAGAAGAAAACCCAUAUAGACAGCUACCCUGUAAUUGUCAUGGAAGCAUGCCUGGAAAGACAGCAAUAGAACUUGGACCUCUAUGGUCGAGUUCCCUUUUCAAUACUGGAUUCCUCAAAAGAAUGCUGUCUGAAUCUUUUCACCAUGGUUUAGAUGACAUUCAGACCCUAAUAAAGACAUUAAUCUUUGAGUCAGAGUGUACUCCUCAAAGUCAGUUUUCAGUUCAUGCACCUUCAAAUCUCAACAAGCAAGAAGAAUGUGGUGUAUUUAUUAAAACUACAGAUGAUACUACAACAGAUAAUUACAGUGCACAAGGAAAGAGAAAAAGUAAUGAAACAACUGCAAAUUUAGUCAAGAGGCAAAAAACUGAUGUCAAUACUGAACAUCCUCCCUUUUAUUACAACAUCCACAGACACAGCAUUAAAGGAAUGAAUAUGCCAAAGUUAAAAAAGUUUUUGUGCUAUCUUUCUCAAGCAGGCUUUCGAGUAAGCCGAACUCAUUUUGACCCAAUGGGAGUUCGUACAGAUGCACCUCUAAUGCAGUUUAAAUCCAUCCUUUUAAAGUACAGCACCCCCACUUACACUGGAGGACAGUCAGAGGGCCACGUCCAACCAGCAUCCGAAGAUACAGUAGCUGACAGGGUUGAAAUGUCAGUGAAUGACAAAGCAGAAGCAGGUGGUUGCAAAAGAUGGUAA